AGGCGGAGGUUGCGGUGAGCCGAGAUCGCGCCAUUGCACUCCAGCCUGGGUAACGAGAGCGAAACCCCGUCUCAAAAAAAAAAGGAUUUAUUAUAUUCAUAGAUUCUCAUAGAGUGUGGCACAGCAAACCAUGCACGAAUCCAUAUGGGAGGAGCUCUUAAGGAGCAGACCCAAUCAAGCAGGCAGGGAGCCAAGAGGGAGCACAAGGACCUGUGGGCAGGUGCUUUUCUUAGCGUGUUUGAAUAUGGUUCAGUCACAGUCAAGUGAGAAAAAGAAGGGGCGGUUGUGACGGGGACCAGGCUUAGCACACUGGGUACCUGCUCACCAGGGUGUGUUGCUCACAGUGUGUUGGGGAUGUUGAAGCAUCAGGAAAAUAGGAAGUUUUAAAGAUGUAUAAAACAGGCCCAGAGUGUGGUCUGUCUUGUUGAAUAUUCCGUGUGAGUUGUAAGAAGAGUGUGUAUUCUGUUCUUGUUGGGCAAAAUAAUCUAAAGAUGUUGAUUAUGUCCAGUUGGUUGAUGGUGGUGUUGAACUCAGCUAUUGGUUGGUUUUCUGCCUCCUGGACCUGUCAGUAACCGAGUGUGGAAGGCUUCAAUUAUGACGGUGGAUUGAUCUGUUUCUCCUUAAAGAUCUGUCAGUUUUUGCCUCAUAGAGUUUGAUGCUCUGUGGUCAGGCAUGUAUGUGUUAAGGAUUCUUACGUCUUUUUGGAAACUGACCCCUUUAUCAUUAUGUAAUCUUCUUUAUCUCUGAUAACUUUCCUUGCCGUUAAGUUUGAUGUAAAAUUAAUAAGGCUUCUCAUAUUUUUUUUAAUUGCCAUAUUACCAUGGAAUGUUUUUCUCCAUCUGUUACAAUUUGAAUAUGCUCUUCAAAUCUCAUGUUGAAAUUUGAUACCCAGUAUUGGGGGGCCUCGUAAGAGGUGUUUGGGUCACAAGGGCACGUUCUUCAUGAACAGCUCGAUGCUUUCCUCAGAGUAAUGAGUGAUUUCCUCCUCUGUUAGUUCCUAUGAGCUCUGAUUGUUUAAAAGGGCCUGGCACUUCCCCCGCUCUGUCAUGCUUAUGCCAUGUUUUGCCAACCCCCACUUCUCGUUCUGCCAUGAGUGGAAGCUUCCUGAAGUCCUCAUCAGAAGCAGAUAUUAGUACCAUGCUUCUGAGCUUGCAGAACUGUGAACCAAAUAUACAUUUUUUCUUUAUAAAUUAUUCAGCUUCAGUUAUUCCUUUAUAGCAACACAGAACAGACUAAAAGGCCAUCCAUUUACUUCUCAUCUAUAUGUGUCUUUAUAUAUACAUAUAUAUAUAUAUAUUUUUGAGACGGAGUUUCGCUCUUGUUACCCAGGCUGGAGUGCAAUGGCGCAAUCUUGGCUCACCGCAACCUCCGCCUCCUGGGUUCAGGCAAUUCUCCUGCCUCAGCCUCCUGAGUAGCUGGGAUUACAGGCACGCGCCACCAUGCCCAGCUAAUUUUUUGUAUUUUUAGUAGAGACGGGGUUUCACCAUGUGACCAGGAUGGUUUCGAUCUCUUGACCUCGUGAUCCACCCGCCUUGGCCUCCCAAAGUGCUGGGAUUACAGGCUUGAGCCACCACGCCCGGCCAUGUGUCUUUAUAUGUAAGGUGAUUUUUUUUUUAGACAACAUAUAGUUAGGCCUUGUUUACUGAUCCAUUCUGACCAUCUGUUUUCAUACAGGUACGCUUAGACUACUGACAUUCGCAGUGAUUGUUGAUGUAGUUGGAGUAGCUUGCACCAUAUUUGUUACUGUUUACUAUUUGUUGCCCUUACUGUUUUGUUUUGUCUUUUGGGUUUUGUUUUUGAUACCGGGUCUGGCUUUGGUGUCCAGACUGGAGUGCAGUGGCACAAUCCCAGCUCUCUGCAACCUCCUUCUCCAGGACUCAAGGGAUCUGCCCAGCUUAGCCUCCCAGGUAGCUGGGACUACAGGCAUGAGCCACCACACCCAGCUAAUUUUUGUAUUUUUUUGUAGCAAUCAGGGUUUCGCCACAUUGGCCAGGCUGGUCUCGAACUCCUGGCCUCAAGUGACCUGCCUGCCUUAGCCUCCCAAAGUGUUGGGAUUACAGGUGUGUACCACCAUGCCCGGCUGCAAUAUACUUUUGCAACUAAUCUAAGUCCGUAUUAUUCAAAUAGCACUAUAACAUUUCAUAGGUACUUUGAGUGUUUUAUAACAAGAUAGAUCAUCUUAAUUCCAUUCUCCUCUCCCUUGUUUUUGUUUGUUUUAUUUUUGAGACAGGCUCUCCUUCUGUCACCCAGGCUGGAGUGCAGUGGCAUGAACACAACUCACUGCAGCCUCAGUCUCCUGGGAUCAAGCGAUCCUCCUGUCUCAGCCUCACCAGUAGCUGGGACCACAGGCAUGUGCUACCCACCCAGCUAAUUUUAUUUUAUUUUAAAUGGAGUUUCGCUCUUGUUACCCAGACUGGAGUUCAAUGGCGUAAUCUUGGCUCACCGCAACCUCCACCUCCUGGAUUCAGGCAAUUCUCCUGCCUCAGCCUCCUGAGUAGCUGGGAUUACAGGCACGCGCCACCAUGCCCAGCUAAUUUUUUGUAUUUUUAGUAGAGAUGGGGUUUCACCAUGUUGACCAGGAUGGUCUCGAUCUCUUGACCUCGUGAUCCACCCGCCUCGGCCUCCCAAAGUGCUUCUGAUGUUUUCUUGAUAGGUAGACACUAUGACCUCAGUAAAAGGAAUUCCUGUAAAUAGGCAUUUAAUAAUGUGGUGGCGAGGUGUGCCAGUGGGCGGGGGAAGCAUUUUAAGUCCUGCUGGUAGGUCUCAGUGUUUUAGUGAGCCUGUUCCUCUUGACUGAAAUUCACGUCUCUAAAUUUUGUUUUGUUUUGCUUUUUGUCUCCCAUUAUGUGGAAGAGGAUUACUAGAAUGGGCUGUAGUUGGUUAUUUCCCUAGUCUAUCACUAGGUAAGACUGGGCUCCCAUCAUACCUCUGCACGUUAAGCUCUGGUUAACUCUUGUCUCCGGAGGACAGGCUUCGUUUAGAGGAACACGUUGCUAUGGCAUAUUUUAAAAUGAUUCAUUUUCUCCUCUCUGCUGGAAGCAUAAGGGUUUUUUUUUUUCCCCAGUAUUUACCAUGAGAACUUGUUUAAGACCCUGGAGGUAAAUAUUGCAAGAUUGUGGGGGCUAUCACUGAGUGUCUCUUGAAUUUUCAGCUCACAGAAUUGUCCACACAGAGCUUCCAGCAAUUUAUGCAUUAUAGACUGUGUUUUCUUAACCUGGCGAGGGUUUGCAUGGUGAUUUCCUUUCAUGAGUUUCUGCUCCUGUAAGCCUUGAUUCUCCUGUAUUCCCUUGUUUUUCUCUCCAGUCUUGGGGGCAGCGGUGUGUCCUGAUCUUUCCUGUGGAUCCUAGAAGAGCUGUCCAUUUUUCAGUCUGUUUAACUCUUUACUUGCUAUUGUGGUGGAGUGGCCACUUCUAAGCUCCUUACGUGCAAGAUAGGAAACCAAAGUCCAGGAGUUAGGCCUUCACAAUAUGGAGUCUCCUGUCACAAUAUGGAGUCUCCUGUCACAAUAUGGAGUCUCCUGUCACAAUAUGGAGACUCCUCCACAAUAUGGAGUCUCCACCCUUAGUGGUGGUGUCAGGUGCACAGCCAGAGACAGACAUGUGGAGUUCAGGGAAGGGAUCCGAGUGAAAGCUAUCCAUCAGCCAGUGGCUGGCAUGUGGACCAUUGUAGAUUUAACGGGAGCACUCUUUAGGCCAUAGUGGCAAGGCCAACACGAGGAAGGAUGUAAAGAGUGUUCUGUAAUGACUGGGUCUCGCAUGUCACCUAGAUAGAAGUGGGAACAUCACUAAGACAGAUGAAGAAGAGUAGUGACCAUGGCUGUGUGGGGGUUGGAUGAAAAGGGUGUCUAGCUGUUGGCACAAUUUUUAAAUGGGCAAUGGUUAAGAGACUCAUUCAGAGGCAAAGCAGUACUGGAAGUCAAAUGACACCAAGGUCAGGCCUGGUGCUUUUUCUCCGUCUGCUGGCUCAGACUUUUGUUGGUAACUGUUGGUGGGGCCUGAGUAGUUUCAGACAGGGUGACAGAUUAGGUUAAAGGCAGAUGAGAUUGGCUAGGAGAGUCAUUCAGCAUGUGGUGGGGCCAGGCUUUGACUGAGUACAUAGGUGGGGAGAGGAAAGAGGUGACGACUGGGGACAGCACAGGCAACACGGAGACAGAAGUGGGCUUCGGCAACUGAGCUCACACAAGUUCUGAGUGACUGAAACUGGAACAAAGAGCCAGGCCAGAUGGAGAAGACUUCACAGCAGUCCUGAGACUGCCCCUGAAUUGGGUCUAACAUCGAUGUGCUGGAUCCUUGUUGCAUGUUGCAAGUGCUGCCUGCGGCCCUGGAGCAGAGUGGCACGUGGAGAAGCCAGUGAAAUACUUUGUCCUGGAUGCUGAGGGCAGUGGAGUUUAGGGUGUAGCAGUCAUGGUCUGGAGAUGCGAGGGAGCUUUGUUCCCGUGAGUGGUAUUCACAUGGGGAGGGAGUAGGGGUGUACUCAGGAUCCUUGUACUGACACUUCAAGCCAACAGAGUAAGCACAGGUUUCAGUAUAUCUGGGUCUCCAGGGAGGUGAAAUAGCAGGAACAUGAGUGAGAUUCCAUUAUGUCAGACCGAGAGCCCAGGGGGAGAUACCAUUAGGACCUGGUAUGUCCUCUGAGUUGGAGAACUAGGGAGGAGGGAGAUUUACUGGGGUUCCUGGGGAUUGAGUCUGCUUAUGAUCUCACCUGCCCCCAUCAUGCAGGGCCAUGUGACCUUUGAGGAUAUUGCUGUGUACUUCUCCCGGGAGGAGUGGGGCCUCCUUGAUGAAGCUCAGAGGUGCCUGUAUCAUGACGUGAUGCUGGAGAACUUUUCGCUUAUGACCUCAGUUGUUUGCAUGGAAUAGGAGCUGAGGAGGCCCCUUCUGAGCAGAUUGUUUCUGUAGAAACAGUGUCACAGGCCAGGACUCCAAAGCCAAGUUCUUCCAUCCCAAAUGCUCAUUCCUGUGAGAUGUGUAUUCUGGUCAUGAAAGACAUUUUGUACCUCACUGAGCACCAGGGAACACUUCCCUGGCAGAAACCUUACACUUCUGCAGCCAGUGGGAAAUGGUUUUCAUUUGGUUCUAACCUGCAACAGCACCGAAACCAGCACAGUGGAGAGAAACACGUCAGAAAGGAGGAGAGCGGUGCCUUGCUUCUGAGUAGCUGCAAAAUUCCUCUGCCAGACAAUCUUUUCCCAUGUAAAGAUGUUGAGAAGGAUUUCCCAACCAUCCUGGGCCUUCUCCAACACCAGACUACCCACAGCCGAGAAGAGCAUGCACAUAGAAGCAGGGAGACCUUUCAACAAAGACAUUACAAAUGGAGCAAAUGUGAGCAGGUUUUCAGUGAGAAGAUUUAUGUUACUGAUCAUCAGAGAGUCCACACUGGAGAAAAAGCUUAUAAACAUAGGGAAUAUGGGAAAUCCUUGAACUCUAAACACUCAUUUGUUGAACACCAGAGAACCCAUAAGGCAGAAAAGCCUUAUGUGUGCAACAUAUGUGGGAAAUCGUUCCUCCAUAAACAAACACUCAUUGGGCACCAGCAGAGAAUUCACACUAGAGAAAGGUCUUAUGUAUGCAUCGAAUGUGGGAAAUCCUUGAGCUCCAAAUACUCACUUGUGGAACACCAGAGAACCCAUAAUGGAGAAAAGCCUUAUGUGUGCAAUAUAUGUGGGAAAUCAUUCCGCCACAAACAAACAUUUGUUGGGCACCAACAGAGGAUCCACACCGGAGAGAGGCCUUAUGUAUGUAUCGAAUGUGGGAAAUCUUUUAUUCAUUCCUAUGACUGCAUUCGACACCAGAGAGUACACACUGGAGAAAGGGCUUAUCAAUGCAGUGAAUGUGGGAAAUCUUUCAUAUACAAACAGUCACUUCUUGAUCACCAGAGAAUCCACACGGGAGAAAGGCCUUAUGAGUGCAAAGAAUGUGGGAAAGCCUUCAUCCACAAAAAAAGACUUCUUGAGCACCAGAGAAUUCAUACUGGAGAAAAGCCUUAUGUGUGCAUCAUAUGCGGGAAAUCAUUUAUCCGCUCAUCUGACUACAUGCGACACCAGAGAAUUCACACUGGAGAAAGGGCUUAUGAAUGCAGUGAAUGUGGGAAAGCCUUCAUUUCCAAACAAACACUUCUUAAGCACCACAAAAUCCACACUAGAGAAAGGCCUUAUGAAUGUAGUGAAUGUGGAAAAGGCUUCUACCUUGAGGUUAAACUUCUUCAGCACCAAAGGAUCCAUAUUAGAGAACAACUUUAUGAGUGCAAUGAAUGUGGAAAAGUCUUCAGCCAUCAAAAAAGACUUCUUGAGCACCAGAAAGUUCACACUGGAGAAAAGCCCUGUGAGUGCAGUGAAUGUGGGAAAUGCUUUAGACACCGCACCAGCCUCAUUCAACACCAGAAAGUUCAUAGUGGAGAGAGGCCUUAUAACUGCACUGCAUGUGAAAAGGCCUUUAUCUAUAAAAACAAACUUGUUGAGCAUCAGCGAAUCCACACUGGAGAAAAGCCAUAUGAGUGUGGUAAAUGUGGGAAAGCCUUCAACAAAAGAUAUUCCCUUGUCAGGCACCAGAAAGUUCAUACAAGAGAAGAGCCCUAGCAGUGUUGGGAUGUGCCAUUAUCUCAUUCACCAUAACACACCAGAGAGCCAGUUUUUCAAGGGAUCCAACAGAUAGAAAUUGAACCUCAUAUAUUUGCAUAUCAAUACUUGAAAGAGUCACUACAAGGUCCAAAUGCUUGGGAAGCUUUCUGGAGAUUACUUGUACUUUCUAAUCUGCUCAGUGUUACAACAGACAUUACUACCAUGUGGCAUAUCCUCGUAGUUUAUCAGUCACUCACAUGUGCCCAAGGAAUGCAGACAUUUUUGCUCAUCUAAUUCUGAAGGGAAUAAUGAAUAGUAAAAGCUUAUUGAGAGUCCUCUUCCAUCUUGCUGAACUGAUCAAGGCAUAGACGAAACCCAGCUUUGACCAAGAAGAGCAAUCUGGAUUCUUGUAGCCCAUGGAGGUUUACCUUCUUCAUAGGUAUUUUUUUUAACAUGAUGACCACGGUAGGUAGGAUAUGCCCUCGUACAUGUUACUGAAGAGGGAAAUGGACUGUCUCACCCUGUUCUGCCAGUGUGAAGGGUGAACAGCUCCAAUUUUCUGUGCCCCCAAGGACAUAGUAUGAGAUCAGAAAAUAGUUCUUAGUCCUGUUUGUCUUAAUUUUUAUUGGUUUCAAAGGUCUCCUACGAAAGACAGCAGAGCUUCGUGGUCCUAAUCAUGGUGUUGAUGCCAAAUUUAUUUUUAGGUCCAGAGGUCUCCCUGAGAAGAGGCAUUUGUGACAAAUGCUGAGACCUGCGUGAAUUGUUUAUUUGCAGUGAUGCUCCAUAUUUCCUAAUGUUGUUCAUGGCAUCUUCUUUCCCAGAUCCUUCAUUGUAGCCGUGAGCACUGAAGGACAGAAUUGGUAGGCAGGUAACUGGUUCUAAGACCUCCUGGGGCCAGGUGAGAACAGUAAUUGGCCCAGACAGGUAGCUGUGAUAAAUAGAGGGUGGAAAAGAUUGUAGCCAAGAAGAGUAAAUGUGUUCCAUCCAAAAGUACACCCAGAAAUAUCUAUGAUAAUGUGGCUUCACGGUUUGGUGGUAUCUAGAGAUUCUCAGGACCUCAGAUCUUUGUUUCUCCCGUGGCAACAGUCAUCGUCAGAAUAAGUCAUCUAAAGAUUUUGUGGACUCCCGUAACUUCUGUACUGUUUUUGAGACGAUUGCUGCACAAGCAGGAAAGCAGGAUUUGAUUGAACAUAGACCUUGCCUUCCAGAUAUGUGGUUUUUGUGAUUCAACCAGGUCCGUUGUGCCAGGUAGGAAUUAUCUUCGUUACUUCCCAUUUGUUGCUGUUGCUGAGAAGGCUGUCCUUCCUAACCUGUGAGGAGAUGAAUCCUUAAUCAUAAGUAAAUCUUGUGUUACCCUAUAGUCUGGUUUUCCAAAAGGAGAAGUAGAUGCAUAUUUUUGUGUGGAACAGUUUAUCUUACAACAUUGAAGUGCAGUUUUCAUACACAAAACCUAUCUUUUUAAGAAUUCUGUUUGUAAAAAAAAAAAUAGUAAACAGACAUAAAACUAGAAACUAAAAAAAAAAAAAGAAUUUUGUUUGUAUGACUUAUUGGCUAAUAAUGGGUUUUGAUAUUAAUGUAAUUUCAGUAAGUGUCUUGUCUUAGAAAUAUGUGUGUAUAUAUUCUAUAUUAUGCCUUUUGAUUCACCUUAUUUCAGUCUUCCAAAUAAAAUGUUCUCAAUAUUGGUGAA